CGCCCGGCCCCGCUGACUGCGCCAGCGCCAUGCUGCUGCUGGCGUGGUGCUGCGCGGCUGGCCCGGCUGCCCGCCGGCGUGCGACUGCAAAGUGGAAGAGCGGCAAGGAGCGGUGAUCUGCGUCAACGUCCAACUCAGCGCAAUCCCGCGCUCGCGUCGACGCCAGCACGCAGUGCUUGACGUCACCGGGCAACGCAUCCCUUCUCUCAAGCUAGACCUUCUUACGAAGGCCGGCCUGUGGAUAAGACCUGCAGAAGAGUACUUGGUGCGGUGUGGACUGCAAUGCAGUUGGACGAUAUCGCGUUUAAGGAAACUCUACCAAGAACCUGGUGAGCCUGGACCUGAGCUUACAUACCCAGCUCCCCGCGAUCCCUUCCCGACGCUGUUCUCGACUCCAUCUCGGAGUGCGCGAUGCUCAAGCUCAACAACACCCCAUCCAGCCGCAUCAAGGACCACGCGUUCGUGGCCGUGCCGCAGCUGGUGCGGCUGGAGCUGUCGUCGUGCAUGCUGGGCACGCUGGAGCCGCGCGCCCUCGCGGGCCUGGACCGCUCGCUGGAGUGGUUGCACCUGGACAACAACCGGCUGGUGAACGUGCGCGCCUCGUCGGUGACGCCGCUCACCAACCUGCACGGCCUGGAGCUGUGGGGCAACCCGUGGAACUGCUCGUGCGCGCUGCUGCCGCUGCGGCGCUGGAUGCUGCGCCAGAACAUCCCGUUCGGCAUCUCGCCCAUGUGCGACAGCCCCAGGCGCCUGGCCGGCAAGGCGUGGGACAAGCUGGAGCUGGAGGAGUUCGCGUGCGCGCCGCGCAUCGCCGCGCCGGCCGCCUCCGCCACGGGCGUCGAGGGCCGCAACGUCACGCUCAGCUGCGAGGUGGGCGGCGAGCCCGAGCCCCAGGUGCACUGGCUGCAGCGCAACCGCAUCAUCGCCAACAUGUCGGCGGUGAGCCGCAAGCUGUACCUGCUGCAAGCGGACGCGCGCACCAGCAACAUGACGAUUCUGAGCGCGGACGUGCAGGACGCCGGGGAGUACGUGUGCCGCGCGGAGAACAAGGCCGGGCGCGUGGAGGCGCGCGUCACGCUGGCGGUGCUGCGGCGGCCGCCCGACGAGGCCGUGGGGCAGCGUGCGGCGCGCGCCGCCCCGCGCGCCGCGCCGCCGGACCGCCCGCCCGCUGCGCACUGUCGCGUCCGCGCUGGGCAGGCCUCC